AUGUCACUCGUGGAGCAGAAUACCAGUGCAGAUGUCAAAUCGACUGAUAUCAGUACAGUGACACAGAUAGAUCUCGAAAGGAUUUGGACAUGGAACAAGAUAACCCCAGAACCGAUUGAGCGAUGCGUUCAUGAGAUGUUCGAAGAGAAAGCUCAAACUCAGCCUAAUGCAUCUGCUAUCUGUGCCUGGGAUGGCGACUUCUCUUAUGCCGAACUGGAUCAACUCACUACAAAAUUAGCAGACAGGCUCAGUGAGAUGGGUAUUGGGCACGGUGUGUUGAUACCUCUCUGUUUCGAGAAGUCGAUGUGGACGACAGUUGCCAUGCUUGGAGUGCUUAAAGCCGGUGGAGGAUUUGUCAUGCUUGAUACCUUGUUCCCUGAACAUCAUCUCCGUCUCAUCGUCCAACAAGUCAAAGCAGAUCUCAUCUUGUCUUCUGUCUCAAAUCAGGAACUCAGUUUGAGAUUGGCUCGGAAUGUGAUUCCUAUAAGUCGAACAUUCUUCAUCAAUCUGGAUGUUCAAGCAAACCGUCGUCUUUUCCCUAGUCUUCCAUCCUCAGUCAUGUACGUGAACUUUACAUCAGGCAGUACGGGGACCCCGAAAGGUGUUAUUUUGAGCCAUCGAAAUUUUGCAUCGGCUCUCUACCACCAAGCACAGCGUCUCGGAUUCACAAAAGAAUCGAGGGUCUAUGACUUUUCCUCAUACAGCUUUGAUGCAUCAAUUAGCCAGACUUUCACAACUCUCACUGCUGGAGGUUGCUUAUGUGUACCGAUGGAGCAAGAUCGGAUGAACAAGUUGGCUCAGAGCAUAGUAUCUUUGCGCGCAAACGUUGCUGCCCUGACACCCUCCGUUGCCCAACUACUGGACCCAAAAGAUACCACUACACUACACACAAUUAUGUUUAUCGCGGAAGCGUUACAACUUAGGGAUAUCAACCGUUGGUGGGGAAAAGUCCGAGUUUUCAACAUAUACGGGCCAAGUGAGUGUACUCCGUACAGCGUCAUCAACAGCCAUGCGUCUUGCCCACAAGAAGCUGCCCGAAUAGGCAUUGGUGCUGGCCAAGUUACAUGGGUCGUCGACCCGCAUGACCAUAAUCGGUUGCUUCCACUUGGCGACACCGGCGAGCUACUUCUGGAAGGGCCACUUGUGGGUGAAGGGUAUUUGGAUAACCCAGAGAAGACAGCAAUGGCAUUCAUCCAUGACCCACUGUGGUUGCGAAGAGGAAGCUUGGGACAACCAGGAAGAUGUGGACAACGCCUCUAUAAAACAGGAGAUCUUGUUCAUUAUAACGAGGAUGGAAGCUUGACCUUUGUUGCACGCAAAGAUACACAGGUCAAGAUUCACGGACAGCGAGUCGAGGUUGGAGAAAUUGAGCACUGCUUACAGGAGCACAUGACCGAAGCAAAGCAAGUUGUGGUAGAUAUGGUUAUGCGAGAGAACACAGGUCCAGCGUUGGCAGCCUUCAUUCAAAUCGAUCAGAUUGCGCCAAAUCCCAGACAGCCAGAGUCUACCUGCACCGCAGAGAUGCUUGAAAUUUCUACCGAUACCAAAGACAAACUAACUCAGCAUCUGCCAGGCUACAUGGUGCCCACCAUGUUCUUUUCUGUGCGAAAGAUCCCCAUGACGGUGUCAGGGAAGCUGGACCGUAGAACACUACGCAAUAUUGGCACUUUGUGUAUUCAAAAAUUCAUGGAAAAGCAGAGACCAAAGCCAAAGCCAACAUCACGCCUCGGGUUGGAGUUACAAAGGAUAUUGGGUAGGGUUCUGGCACUUGACCCGGCAUUGGUGGGAGUUGAAGAUAAUUUCUUUCGGCUGGGGGGAGACUCUAUUGCGGCUAUGCACGUCGUCUCCGAGGCUCAAAAGGCUGGAAUUGAGCUCACGGUUUCAGACAUCUUCCAAUAUCCUACACUCAUCAGCCUGGUCAGCCGGUGCCACCAUGUUGUAGCAGAGUGGGCUCCGGGAAUGAUCCCACCUUUUGCCAUUUUGAGAGACGUCUUUGACAAAGAUUUGUUCCUCCGAGAAAUUGAAGCCCAGUAUCAGUUCGAUCCAGAGACCGUAGAAGACGCAUACCCGUGCACUCCUUUACAAGAAGGUCUCGUGUCACUGUCCUUAAAACACCCGGGGGAAUACAUGAUUCGACGCACUCUGGAACUGCAUUCCACCAUUGAAACAAGAGAUUUCUGUCGAGCAUGGGAAGAAAUGGUUCAAAAUGUUGCAAUCUUACGGACAAGAAUUGUGCAGCGCAGCGGGGUGGGCCCCUUGCAAUUAGUAUUGAACGAAGGAAUCCAAUGGACUCAUGCAUAUGGAUUGAAUGAGUAUCUUGAAGAUGACAAAAAACGGACAUUGGAACUUGGAAAGCCUCUUGCACGCUACGCCAUUGUCACAGAUAAUGCGGGCUUGCGUCGAUGGUUCGUGUGGACACUUCAUCAUGCACUUUAUGAUGGCUGGUCACUGCCACUUAUGAUUGACAUGGUGAAUCGAAGAUACCAUGGUAUCUCGGAAAAGCCAAGACACGAGUUCAAAGGGUUUAUCAAGUACCUCGAGGAGCAGAACAAUGACAAGAUAGCUGGCUACUGGCGCAAUUCUCUUAUGAACUGUGACUCUACCCUCUUUCCAGCACUUCCAUCGUCUGUGCAGCGGCCAGUAGCAGACAGCGACAUAACUCAUGAAAUACCAUGGCUAAGCACACAACCACGAGAUAUUACAAUCACAACACUUGUUCGUGCCGCCUGGGCUCUGCUUGCCAGCAGAAUGACAAACUCAGACAGUGUCGUGUUUGGUAUCACUACAUCAGGACGCAGUGCGCCUGUUAAUGGUAUUAGCGAGAUGGUAGGCCCGACAAUCGCAACUGUUCCUUUGCAAGUCAUGAUAUCACGGUCCCAGAAAGUUCUGGACUUUCUCGAGGCAGUACAGCAGCAAUCAACGGAUAUGAUUCCUUUCGAGCAGUUCGGUCUACACCGAAUUGCUCGAACAUGCCCUGGGGCCCAGCAGGCAUGUAUGUUCCAGACACUUCUUAUCAUCCAGCCACAAGAAAAUAGACCCGACUGUACACUUGGAGUGUGGGAAGAAAACAGUGAGCCGGAGUGGGUCAAUACAUAUGCACUAGCGCUGGAAGUGCAAAUUGGCAGGAAGAGAGUCAAUGCUAAAUUUGACUCGAAUGUGAUUAAGCCGUGGAUUGUGCAGUCGCUAUUGGAAGGACUCGACUUUGUAAUGAAACAACUUGACUCCGCAGGAUCCCGACAGACCAUGGCAGACAUCGAGCUGGUCACACCCCGGAGUUUGGAGCGAAUAUGGGAUUGGAAUUGUACCGUCCCAUCACCAGUGCAAGAAUCUAUUUAUCAUUUAAUCGAAGAGCGGAUGCACAAUCAGCCGAUGGCAAGAGCUAUAUAUGCUUGGGACGGAGAGUUCACAUACGGCGAGCUAGAUCGACUGUCCUCGGUGGUAGCGGCUCAGGUCGUCAAACUUCGAGUUGAUUCACACCUACUAGGGCCGGAUAUCCUGGUGCCACUAUGCUUUGAGAAGUCCAAGUGGACAAUAGUAUCCAUGCUUGGUGUCAUCAAGUCCGGCGCAGGCUUUGUGUUGCUCGAUCCUUCUCUCCCUCAGCCCCGACUGCAAUCAAUACUCCAAAAAGUGAACUCGAAGUUGAUGUUAUCCUCCCAAGCCAACAUGGAUUUGAGCCGCAAAUUGUCAGAGGUAGUAGUUCAAAUUGGCCCAGAUCUAUCUCACAUCUCAAAUACUGUCUUGGAUAGUCCCUCGGAUAGUGUUUCGAGUUACGAUACCAGUUCCGCACCACUGUUGCAAUCACCCUCAAGGGCAUUUUAUGCAGUAUUCACUUCCGGCAGCACUGGAGCGCCCAAAGGGGUGUUGGUGUCGCACGUGAAUUUUUGCUCCGCCAUACGCUACCAGUCAGAUCUUCUAGGAUUCACCAGAAAGUCUAGAGUCCUAGAUUUUGCAUCAUACGCUUUUGACGCCGCGAUCCACAAUAUUAUAGUAACACUUGUUGCGCGAGGAUGUCUGUGCAUUCCUUCUGAAGAAGACCGCGUCGGUAACAUUGGAGACAUCAUUUCCGCCAUGCGGCCGACGAUCGUCAAUUUGACUCCGACAGUAGCACGUCUGCUAGACCCAGCGACGACACGAGGUCUUCAGACUUUGAUUUUACUUGGCGAGCCAGUCAAAACCAGGGAUAUUGAGCGAUGGCAGUCGCAGGAAAUCCAGAUAAUCAACGCCUACGGACCCGCUGAAUGUACGCCAAUUACCACAAUCCACGCAUUUGGUUCCAGCACAGACGAGAUCAUUAGGAUUGGAAAGGGUGUGGGUUUAGUAACAUGGAUUGUGGAUCCAGAGGACCAUGAUCGCUUGUUACCACUGGGAUGCACCGGUGAACUACUCCUCGAAGGGCCGCUUGUUGGAAUUGGCUACAUGGGGGAUCCAGACAAGACCGCUGAAGCUUUUAUCGAAGACCCUGAAUGGCUGCUGAAGGGUUCGAAUGCUCGAUUUGGGUGCCAUGGCCACCUUUAUAAGACAGGCGAUCUGGUGCAGUACAACGAAGAUGGGAGUCUGACGUUCAUGGGCCGCAAAGACAGUCAAGUCAAGAUCAGAGGGCAGCGCUUCGAGCUUGAAGAAGUUGAACACCACAUUCAAAAUUGCUUGCCAAAGGCGAGCCAGGUUGUAGCCGAAGUUACCCUGCCUGAGGGCGAGACAAAUCCUAGACCGGUGUUGGUGGCCUUCAUCCAGGUGAGCGAUAUGGACAUGAAGAUCAACGACGAACCGACUCUUGAGGUGAAGACAUAUCCCAUGUCUGCUGAUAUCAAGAAGAAGCUUGCAUGUCACCUGCCAGCCUACAUGGUGCCGACAGUAGUAUUCGCUCUGCGGGAUAUGCCGCUAACACCCACGGGUAAGACAAAUCGCAGGCGUCUUCAAGAGAUUGGCCAGGAAUUGCUCUUCAAAGAUGGGAACAAGGAGUUCGACUCGUCUGAAAACUUUCUUGGGAAUCCACACGACAGAUUGAUAUUGGAGACUGAGCAGCCGGCAUACACAAUAGCCCAGAAAUUAUAUUCCAUACGUCCCUCGUGGACUCAGGACAAUUUUUCAUCUGGAGAGGACGGGUCACAGCACCGGCACACUGAAUUGAACGACGUGCUUUUACAUUCGUCCGGUUUAGACUCUGUGGAUAUGAUGGAACUUACGUCGUUUAUUUCGCAGAAAUUCCACGCUCAAGUUGGAAUGCAGUUUUUGAUGGACAAAGCAACCAGUAUCAGAAGCCUAGCUCAGUAUUUAGUCAGUUCACAGGCGUGUGAUGCUGAUAAUCAACCAUUUCCACUCCCCUCAAUUCAUGCCUCGACCUCGAUUGAUCUCAUGGCUGAGAUCGGGCGAUACGACUCUAGAGUUCUGAGCGCCCAACGGAGACCCGCACGCCAUGAUAACAUAGCGAGUAACAUUCUGCCAAUAGACAGAGAUGGUAAGGUUUUUACCGUGCUCUUGACUGGCGGCACCGGUUUUGUCGGUACUCAAAUCCUCCGCCAGCUGCUCGAACAUCACCAUGUCAGUCGUGUGAUUGGGCUUGUACGUGGCGAUACGGAUGAUGCAGCCAGAGCGCAUAUCAUUGAUAAAGCUGUGAAAGCGCUCUGGUGGACUAAUUGCAACGCGGAUAAACUAGAGGUCUGGCGAGGCGAUCUAUCACUGCCAAAGCUAGGACUUAGUUCAACGCGCUGGGAUUCUCUAGCCAGUGGCCAAGCAAUCAAUACGAUAAUCCACUGCGGGGCCACAGUGCACUGGACGAAAAGCUACGAAGUCCUGGAGGCCGCCAAUGUUGGCUCAACCAUAGAGCUGUUACUACUCGCCGUAGGUGUCCCUCGAAUGAGGUUCCUCUAUGUCACGGGCGGUCGGCCUUGGAGAUUUCACGAAGAGCUGGAUGUUGCGAACGAGCUUUCAGUCGCAGAUGCCGUUGCGUAUAGCCAGACUAAGUUUGUCGCUGAAGCUGUAAUCAAGCGUGCGGCGCGUCGCAUCCCAUCUGAAACUAAUCGGCUCGCCAUUCUAAAUCCUGGAUGGGUUAUUGGCACGCCAAGUGAGGGUUUCUCCAACACUGAUGACUAUAUCUGGCGGCUGGUGGCGACAUGCAUCAAAGUAGGGGCGUACAACCAGGUUGAGGCGGACGGGUGGCUUUCCAUGUCUGAUGCUACUGCCACAGCGACAGCGAUUAUUGAGGCAGCACUGGGAAAGAGGAUACAGAUCGUGGGUGAAGAACAGCCCGUGGAUGGCAUUCUAUGGAGGGAGUUUUGGGCCAUUAUUGGGGGCCUGGGUUACAGGCUUGAGGCCAAGGGCAUGGUAGAUUGGCUGGCUCUUGUUCGUGCUGACAUUGAAGCUGAAAGAGAGAAGCACCCACUGUGGCCACUGGCACAUAUAUUCGGAGGCUUGCAGAACGAUGAGCGAGUUGUGGGUAGCUUGCAGCAGAAGCGUGGUAGCACGCCAUUGCGAUUGAAAGUCGCUGUGGGCAGGUGCGUCGAGUUUCUUGUCAAAGUCGGCUUUUUACCUACACCUUCAGAUCAGAUCUAA